GAGGACGGCGGGAGCGCUGUCCCCGCUGCGCUCCUGCACGGCGGCUCCCCUCAGCCCCAGCCCCGUCCCAGCCCUGCCCCAGCCCCAGCGCUCGCUGCCGGCGGCGGUAACUGCGGGAGGAGGCGGCACGGGGCUGGGAGCCGCUGGACCGGCCGGGUCGACGCUGAGGAAGCGCUGUCACUGAGAGCUGGCUGCGUCCCAGAGAACGGGGCCGCCAGAAGUUCCCUUCCUUGCCCUGUCGCACAGCCUGUCACAGCCGGAGGUUUCCUUUCCCGCUGCUCCGCAAUGUUACCCCUUCUGCGAAGGGGCCCUUUCACUCUGUAGGCAGUAUUAAGGAAGAUGUGUGUAGUGAGGAACUGCGCGUGUGAAGGAGCGACUUCCCACUGCAGCGCUUGGUGCUAAGGAAACUUUUAAUUUUGUGCUUCAAGAAACCUGAUUACUUCUUGGAUUACUUUCCUACCUUGCUCUGGAAGAUAACCUGAGGAAAAUGGAAACAGAUGAGGCUCAAGAUAUGUCCCAGGUUUCAGGAAAGGAAAGUCCUCCGAUUAGUGAUGUCCCAGAUGAUGCAGAUGAACCUAUGCCUGUACCAGAGGACCUUUCCACUACUACUGGAGGACAGCAGAGUGUUAAGAAUGAGAGAGUCUUGGCUGCAUAUGGGGCAGAAGGCUUUAGGGACUUUCAUGCGAUAAUUCCCAAAUCUUUUUCCCCCGGUAAUAUUAAAAUAGAGACUCAGAGUGAUGAAGAGAAUGGGCGUGCCUGUGAAAUGAAUGGGGAAGAAUGUGCGGAGGAUUUACGAAUGCUUGAUACCUCUGGAGACAAAAUGAAUGGCUCACACAAUGGCCCAGGCAGCAAGGCUAUGUCAGGAGUUGGAGGCAUUCGACUUCCUAACGGAAAGCUAAAAUGUGAUAUCUGUGGGAUAAUUUGCAUCGGUCCCAAUGUGCUCAUGGUUCACAAACGAAGCCACACUGGAGAACGUCCUUUCCAGUGCAAUCAGUGCGGAGCCUCCUUUACGCAGAAGGGCAACCUCCUGCGCCACAUCAAGUUGCACUCGGGUGAAAAGCCCUUCAAAUGCCACCUGUGUAACUACGCCUGUCGGCGCAGGGAUGCCCUCACAGGCCACCUGCGGACUCACUCGGUUGGCAAACCCCAUAAGUGUGGAUACUGCGGUCGCAGCUAUAAGCAGCGCAGCUCUCUGGAAGAACAUAAAGAACGCUGUCAUAACUACCUGCAAACCAUGAGUAUCUCAAGCAACCUUUAUUCAGUCAUAAAAGAGGAAACUAACCAGAGUGAAAUGGCUGAAGACCUGUGCAAGAUAGGGUCAGAAAGAUCCCUCGUGCUGGAUAGACUAGCAAGUAACGUCGCCAAACGUAAGAGCUCUAUGCCUCAGAAAUUUGUUGGUGAGAAGUGUCUGUCUGAUCUUCCAUAUGAUGCCACCACCAACUAUGAGAAGGAGAACGAGAUAAUGCAGACACAUGUCAUAGACCAGGCCAUUAACAAUGCCAUCAGUUACCUGGGGGCAGAGUCCUUGCGUCCCCUCGUCCAGACACCACCGGUUGGUUCUGAAGUGGUGCCCGUCAUCAGCCCCAUGUAUCAGCUCCACAAACCUCUCGGGGACAAUCAGACUCGCUCCAACCAUACGGCUCAGGACAGCGCAGUGGAAAACUUGUUGCUGCUCUCCAAAGCCAAAUCAGUCUCCUCUGAACGGGAUGCCUCUCCCAGCAACAGCUGCCAAGACUCAACAGAUACGGAGAGCAAUAAUGAGGAACGCAGUGGUUUAAUUUACUUAACAAACCACAUAGGUCCCCACGCAAGAAAUGGCAUAUCUAUAAAAGAAGAAAGCAGGCAGUAUGAUGUCUUGAGGGCAGGUACUGACAAUUCCCAGGAUGCUUUCAAAGUGAUCAGCAGCAAUGGGGAGCAAGUGAGAGUUUACAAGUGCGAACACUGUCGAGUCCUUUUCUUGGAUCAUGUGAUGUACACAAUCCACAUGGGCUGCCAUGGGUUCCGUGACCCUUUUGAAUGCAACAUGUGUGGCUACCAUAGCCAGGACAGGUAUGAAUUUUCUUCCCACAUAACUCGAGGGGAGCACCGUUUCCACAUGAGUUAAAACUCCUCAGGCACAGAUCCAGCCUCAACAACUACAUUACUGGAGCUGCACAAGCAACAACAGCAACAAAGCACAAGACUACUGGACAGUAAAAGUACAUGAAAAUCAAAAAUUCAGAUAUAUUCUCCCACGAGAAAAGAUUUUUCUUUUGGUAGCAUGUGUUGCAACUCAGUUUUUUAAAGUGAAUAUUAAAGUUUUUACUGAAAGCAUUUGAUCACGAAAACCUUUAGUAAUGUAUGUAGGAGCUUUUGUAGUCAGAUAGCUGAAAGUCCUUUCCUUAACUGAUGCUUCUUGCAACCCUCCCUUGCCAAAACUGCUACCCACGCACAGAAUGCACAACAUGGAUGUGACCAUGAGACAGGAAUGGCCUAGCUUUCUCUCUUAACACCCUGAACACAGGGUUCGUACACCAGAUGCAUUUUUUUGACUUCCUGGUUUUAUUUGACUCAUACGGAAAGAUUAAACUCAACUAAAGAUUGAGGGGCCCAGCCAUCCCAGGUGACUUUGCAGACAGCUGGGGUGCGACUGGAACCCAACCAGAGGGUCCAGGGUUACUUUGGCAGUAAAAAGUAGAACAUUACCACCUGCAAGGGUGCUGCUGGAAUUGACAUAACGGCAUGCCUUAUUUGUGUCACUAGGCACGCGAGCAGGUAUGUGAAAGACACCCUUGUAAUAUAACCUGUGAAGUAUGAAUUGCAUUUAAUGUAUAGAAAAGAAUAUCGAUGGCUCUUCCUUAAAUAAAUGUUUUCUCUCGCUAUCCAAUAAAGCCCCACUUACUGUUAAGAAACUCCUCCUCUCUCUGCAGAAAUAAGUUACAGUGUAUUUAAUUUUUCUUUUUUAAGAUUUAGUUAUUUAGAAAAGUAUAAUGUACAGUUGAGAAAAGCACUAGCUAGAAAUACAUGUGGGGAAAAUUCUUCUUCUGCACAUUUCUCAUUUUUUUAUACAGCCUGGAAAAUACCCAAAUAUCCCUCUAUUUUACCUUUGAGAAAUUCCCAUUCUGCUUCCACAGAUGACGUCUCGCAGACUUUGUGGCUCUAUUUGUGUUGCACUUAAUUAUUUGUAAAACACCGAGCUGAAUUAAACCAGCCAGUCAACAUUUGUAGCCUUCUUCCUCUUUCCUGGUAUUUGCUAUUUAAGGAGGGACCAAUUCUUCAGUGGCAGCCACUUUGCAAAGGUGCUAAGUACCUUGGUUCCCUGUUCAAUGAGACGUUAAGAACGCACUUGGAGCUAAUGUUAGGGUUAAAAAAAAAACUGGUGUUUUGCUGAAUAGAGAGCAGAGAAGGCAGUACUUUGCAGAGUCCGGUAAAUUCACCGCAGCUUUCUCCAUAGUGGAUUCUGCUGCAGAUAUUGUAACUUCAGUUUUAGAAUAAAAACUCCUAUGAGAAAAACUUUUAAACCCCAAACACAGCUGAUAUGAAAAAGUACUUUUAAAAACGUAAGUUCCUCUUCCAAAUAGUUCAUUCCUCUCCCUAAACACCCUCGUAUUAUGGGAUUGAUCUGAAAUGAAUUUUACAGCUACACAAAAAAGCUCUACUUGGUGCUGCAGUAUUUGCUGGGCAUCAUUCAUAAAAACAACCUACCCAAUUAACUGAAUGUCUAAAUACUCUCAUUCCCUAUAAUAAAUGUAUAUUCUCCAAUUAAAAAAAAUCAUAUAGCUAACAAGUCUAGCAGUCUUGUAAUACAGUUACACAUCCUCUCACAAGUGCACGCAAGCACAUGUAUGCAUUAUAAAAGAGAUUUAAAGGAACCAUGAACACUUGUACCUAGGGCAAUUUGGCCUGAUAUGCAUAGUUAUAUUUAAUACACAGUUCUAUCACGGACACCCAGUUCCUUCUUCUGCUUUCACUUUUGCAGGUGUAAGUCAGGAGCAAUACCACAGAAGUUAGAGGAAAAACACUGAUGAAAUAUUGAAUUACGAAUAUAUGCUUUUACACUCUUCAUAUCCUAGGUCUCCACACCAAUGGUAGGACACAUGCAGAAUAGUAUUUUUACACUGUGUGUCCAUGCACGCAUGCAUGGUGAGUAGCUGUGUUACCAGACGUGAAUGCUGUGUAUGGAUGUCCAUGGGCUGAUCCACACACCUACAAAAGUGAAAACAAACUAUUAGUACAUUUCAGGUAGGAAAAGCACAUACGAAAUGCCCAGUGUCUCCCUCGAAAUGUUAGUAAUGUAACCUACAGGUGCAAAGCUGAGCGCUCCCAGCUCCCUGUUUCAGCUCAGUCAUGAGACCUGGCUGCUUCACACCUUCCGGCCCAAGCUGGCUGCAGGCACUAAAGGAUCAUGGGCCAAUUUCAUGCCACAAGUGUGGGUUUUGUCAGCAUGUCUGUUACACGUUCAGUUUCAAGACAACUAUAUGUGGCAAAAAGUGCUAGUACUUUGCGUAGAGAUGACCUGAAGAAGACCUUCAAGGGCAAAGCUUACACUGAUGAGGGUUUUGUUUGUUUUUGUUGUCAUUGGGUUUUUUCAAUAAAGUUUAAGAGGGCUCAUUUUUUUCUGUAGUUAUUAGGGAUAUAUUCACCUGCUCUUGCCUCUCUCAACCUUCAAUUGAUCGAGAACAAGAAGGGACAAAGUAAUUUCUUAACCCCUCUUCCAUGUCAUUUGUGUAGUCCUUCUGCUGUUAUGACUCUUAUGCGUUUUUUGGCUGUUCUUAGACACAGGCCACUAUGCACCCCAUGUCAUCAUUUUUUUAACUCUUCAUUUUAAGGCACCCUAAGCUAUAAAAGAGGAGGUGGCAAAAGCUUACUCAGGUGGUUUCAUUUCUUUUUCUUUCUUUUCUUUUUUUUUUUUUUUAACUAAAUUCCAUAAAAGCAACAUUCAUUAGCCAUAUAAGCAAGCACAGUUCCAGUUGAAUUUAAAACUCCACUGGACUUAGCGUUAUUAAAUAUGAUUUCCGACCAAGCUCACUGCCUUUGCAACAUUUCUGUGUACACAUGCACGUGUAUGAAUUUCUGUGUUACUUUUCUUCUCACCAGGCACAUGCUCCAUCCAUACUUUUGUGUAACUUAAAUUUUAUAUACAUAUAUAUGUGUGUAUAUAUUUAUAUAUCUAAAAUGGUUCCUAUCACAUAAUGAUGCACUGUCAAUCACAGUGGGUUUGCUUUCUGGAUAUGGAGUUUCCUUAUUUGUACUAUAACAGAACAUGUUGAUGUUGUAUAUUAAACAGUACAGUGGUAUAAGUAAUAUUAAGAUAUGGUGUAUCAGAGGGCAGAGUCAAAAGGCAGGAGCAAACAGCAUUUCCUGUUCAUGAAGGGGAUUUGGGGGGUUUGUUUUUUUGGAUUGUUUUUGCACAAAUCAUCUUCAGUUUGUUUAGAACCAAGUGAUUCAAUAAUUUUAUUGUACAUGAAAGGAAGGCAUGAAAGUAGGAUGUUGUGUACAUACAUCUAAGCAAACCGUGCCCCCAGAAAACUAGCUUAGUGUAAUCUCCUUUUUUCUCUGUUUUGCUGCAGUGCAAUAAGCUAUUGUGGUUUAACUGAGCCCUAAAAAAAAAGAGUAAAUAUGGUGAAUGGCUUCAAGUUUAUACCUGUGUGAAAAAAAGUAAAAAAGAACCACUUUCCAGCUCUUCCCCAGUCACUGCCUUUUCCGAUAGAAACAUUGCAUUUACACACUUUUUUUUUUUGCUGUUAUUUUAUAUUGUAAUUUUUUUUGAGAAAAUUGUAUUUGAAAAAAAUCAUAAAAAAUGUGAAAUGUUAUUAAGUUUUGAUUGCACAGUGAGAUGUAUCUUGUAAGACAAGAGAAUGUGGUUGGAAAAAAAAAAAAAGAAAGAAAGAAAAAAAACCACCACAACCAAAAGAGAUACCAAAGCCCAGGACAUUACUGUUGCUUUCCUGUGAAGAAGCAGCUGUGUACAGCUCAGGCCCUGUGUGGGUGGGUGGCUGUCUGCAAGGGAGCAAUGUACAGCCCUGAGGGACGCUCAUGGGCAGCUUGGUGGAAAGCAUCACUCUCGGCCUCUGCUACCGCACCUAUGGUGAGUUUGUCCCUGCUGCCCUCCCAGUCCAUCUUUGGUGGCCAAGAAGAUCAUGCUGCUUCUGACAGGCUGCAUAAAGCUGCCUUGCCAAGCCACUUCAAGCUGCACAUGAAAUCCACAGAUUUGGUACAUCCUACCAGCAGCGCCCUUGGCCACAAACUCUCAGGUAGCUACUUUGUGCAGCUGACUUUAAGGAGGCUUCUUCCCUUCCAGUCAGCCCUUGCCCUUUCCUCCCAUCAGCAAGGCUAAGCCAUUACAGAACACAAUUACUUCUGCAUGUAGAGUCAUGGUAAUUCAAAAGAAAACACUGAGAAAUUAUUUCUACUAUUUACCAUAACAAAGGUGAUUUCUCUGUGGGUGUCUCUGUUUCCUUCGGAUUCCAGCACAGUAAAUUUCACAUCACAUAUUUAAUGCAAGCAAGAAUCAUUGUUUUGUUUAGAAAAAGCACGGUUUAUAAGUUUUAGAACUAUUUCCAUUUGUGAAACCGUAUUAUUAUGAACAAAAUGAGAUUUAAAAAACCCUUUGGUAUCAUAACCAAUUAUUUUACAGGUUCCUAAAAUCUAGAUUUUUCUCAAGUUACUGUGAUUUAUUUUCAUCAUAAACUACUUUUCUGUAAGAAGGAAGCUUCUGAUGUCACUAUAGCCAGUUCUCAGUAAAUGAACUACACACUUCUGUUUCAGCAGGUGGCUCUCCAGCAAAUUAAAUAUGAGAUGUUAAAUAAUAAUAAUCACAAAAAUAGACCAAAUGUAAUCUUCCCAAAGUUAUUAAAACCUUGAGCUUA